CCGCAAGCAAUGAGGAAAGGCACCAUCGCUUGGAGAUGACCAGCAAAUGGCCCUCGCCCACUUCACACACCCGGCUCGGUGGGCUCCGGGGGAGGGGACGCCGUGAGCGGCGUGAGAGUCCACGUUACCUGCGCGACGCCGCCCAGCCUCCAGCUCGCCCGGUUUCGGCAGGCAGUGGCGCGCUCUCCUUACAGCGGGGAGAGGCUGGGCCGGGCGAGGCGAAGCUGGCGAGAAGCCGAACCUGCUUUGCGCUCCUCCCCUGCCUGCGCUCAGCACGGCUGCCGCGGUCAUGACCGAUAACAUCCCCUUGCAGCCGGUCAGGCAGAAGAAGCGGAUGGACAACAAGCACCACGGCGGAUGCUGUGAAUGCCUAAGAUGUUGUGGAAGAAGAGACCCCAGGCCUCGAACCGUCUGGCUUGGCCAUCCAGAAAAAAGGGAUCAGAGAUAUCCACGCAAUGUCGUCAACAACCAGAAGUACAACUUCUUUACUUUUCUACCAGGAGUCCUGUUCAACCAAUUCAAAUAUUUCUUCAAUCUCUACUUUUUAUUUCUUGCCUGUUCUCAAUUUGUUCCUGAAAUGAGGCUUGGUGCACUUUACACGUAUUGGGUUCCACUGGGCUUUGUGCUUACUGUUACCAUCAUCCGUGAGGCUGUGGAAGAGAUCCGAUGCUACAUGCGUGAUAGGGAAGUGAAUUCUCAGGUUUACAGCAAGCUCACAGCAAGAGGCACAGUGAAGGUGAAAAGUUCUAAUAUUCAAGUGGGAGACCUUAUCAUUGUGGAAAAGAACCAACGGGUCCCUGCUGACAUGAUUUUCUUGAGGACAUCAGAAAAAAACGGAUCCUGCUUUCUCCGAACGGAUCAGCUGGAUGGUGAAACAGAUUGGAAACUGCGUCUGCCUGUCAGCUGUACUCAGAGGUUACCUACUGCUUCUGACCUUCUUCAGAUCAGGUCAUAUGUGUAUGCAGAGGAGCCAAACAUUGACAUCCAUAACUUUGUUGGGACAUUCACAAGAGAGGACAGUGACCCUCCUGUGAAUGAGAGCUUGAGUAUUGAAAAUACCCUCUGGGCUAGCACAGUAAUUGCUUCAGGAACAGUUGUGGGAGUUGUUCUCUAUACAGGCCAGGAACUACGCAGUGUCAUGAAUACCUCAAACCCACGCAGUAAGAUUGGUCUUUUUGACUUGGAAGUUAACUGUCUAACCAAGAUACUCUUUACGGCCUUGGUGGUGGUCUCCCUUGUCAUGGUCUCCCUCCAACACUUUGCUGGCCGCUGGUACCUUCAGAUCCUCAGAUUUCUUCUUCUGUUCUCAAAUAUCAUUCCUAUCAGUUUACGGGUGAAUCUUGACAUGGGAAAAAUUGUCUACAGCUGGAUGAUCCGGAGGGAUUCUAAAAUUCCUGGCACAGUAGUUCGAUCUAGCACAAUCCCAGAGCAACUAGGCAGAAUAUCCUAUUUGCUUACUGAUAAGACAGGGACUCUAACACAGAAUGAGAUGGUUUUCAAACGUGUCCAUCUUGGAACAAUGGCUUAUGGGUUUGACUCUAUAGAUGAAGUUCAAAGCCAUAUCUUUAGCAUAUAUACACAGCAGUUGCAGGAACCACCUGCUUUAAAAGCACCCAACCUGGCUACCAAGGUACGGAAAACCCUGAGCAGCCGUGUCCAUGAGGCAGUGAAAGCAAUUGCUCUCUGCCACAAUGUGACUCCUGUCUAUGAAUCGAAUGGUGUGACAGAUCAGGCUGAAGCUGAGAAGCAUUAUGAAGAUUCUUGCAGGGUGUACCAAGCUGCUAGUCCUGAUGAGGUGGCCCUGGUGCAAUGGACAGAAAGUGUUGGCUUGACACUGGUUGGAAGAGACCAGGCUUCUGUGCAGCUGAGGACUCCUGGUGGCCACAUUCUAAACUAUACCAUCCUCCAGAUUUUCCCCUUCACGUAUGAAAGUAAACGAAUGGGGAUCAUUGUUCGGGAUGAAUCUACAGGAGAAAUAACAUUCUACAUGAAAGGGGCGGAUGUGGUUAUGGCAGGCAUUGUUCAGUACAAUGACUGGCUAGAGGAAGAGUGUGGUAACAUGGCGAGAGAAGGAUUGAGAGUUCUUGUAGUAGCAAAGAAAUCCCUGUCUGAGGAGCAAUAUCAAGAUUUUGAGGCCCGCUACGUCCAAGCAAAAUUAAGUGUCCACGAUCGCUCCCUGAAGGUAGCCACCGUGAUUGAGAGUCUGGAGAUGGAGAUGGAGCUGCUCUGUCUGACUGGAGUAGAAGAUCAACUACAGGUGGAUGUCAGACCAACUUUGGAAACUCUGAAAAAUGCUGGCAUUAAGGUAUGGAUGCUCACAGGGGAUAAACUGGAAACAGCCACGUGUACUGCUAAGAAUGCACAUCUGGUAACCAGGUCUCAGGACAUUCAUAUAUUUAGACUGGUGACCAACCGUGGAGAAGCACAUUUGGAGCUAAAUGCCUUCCGCCGCAAGCACGACUGUGCCCUGGUGAUUUCUGGGGAUUCCUUGGAGGUAUGCUUGAAAUACUAUGAGUAUGAGUUCAUGGAACUGGCUUGCCAAUGUCCGGCAGUCAUCUGCUGUAGAUGUGCCCCAACACAAAAGGCUCAGAUUGUACGCUUACUCAAGGAGAGAACUGGGAAGCUGACCUGUGCAGUAGGUGAUGGGGGAAAUGAUGUCAGUAUGAUUCAGGAGGCAGACUGUGGUGUUGGUGUUGAAGGAAAGGAAGGAAAACAAGCUUCUCUUGCAGCAGAUUUCUCCAUCACUCAGUUUAAGCACCUGGGCCGAUUACUGAUGGUGCAUGGAAGAAACAGCUACAAAAGAUCUGCUGCUCUCAGCCAGUUUGUGAUCCACAGAAGUUUAUGCAUCAGUACCAUGCAGGCAGUUUUCUCUUCGGUGUUCUACUUUGCUUCUGUUCCGCUCUAUCAAGGCUUUCUCAUCAUUGGAUAUUCUACCAUCUACACCAUGUUUCCAGUAUUCUCUCUAGUGCUGGACAAAGAUGUCAAAGCAGUCGUGGCCAUGUUGUAUCCAGAACUCUAUAAAGAUCUCCUGAAGGGAAGGCCAUUAUCUUAUAAGACGUUUUUGAUCUGGGUCUUAAUAAGUAUCUAUCAAGGCAGCAUAAUUAUGUAUGGUGCACUUCUGCUUUUUGAGUCUGAAUUUGUCCACAUUGUGGCAAUUUCCUUCACAUCCUUGAUCCUCACCGAACUGUUGAUGGUGGCACUGACCAUCCAGACAUGGCAUUGGCUCAUGAUAGUGGCAGAAUUACUCAGUCUGUCAUGCUACAUUGCCUCAUUGGUCUUCCUACAUGAAUUUAUUGAUGUUUACUUCAUAGCAACUUUAUCGUUCUUAUGGAAGGUGACUGUGAUCACCUUAGUCAGCUGUCUUCCUCUCUAUGUCCUAAAGUACCUGAGACGAAGGUUUUCUCCCCCAAGUUAUUCAAAACUCACCUCAUAGGAGCAAGGACUCGCUUUUCUUCUUUGCACAGUACUUACAGACUCAGUAAAUGUGUAUUCGUCAUCGAACAAUGUCCGACGGUUGGAUAAGCAAUCUGCACUGGCUGGGGAAUACUGCUGAAAGUCUGAAUAAUUCAGUUAAAACAAAAAAACCUUACAGUCAAACGAAGCAGAGAAAACUUAUAUCAGUGAUCCAGUUUUGUCACUUUGUAUUUAUCAAACUGAAAACAAAUGCAUGUAACUUGGAAGAAGAAGAAAAACUGCCUGUGAUGAGUCUGCUUACCUGGAAAGUGCUGAGUCAGCUGUUGACAUGACAAAUUUUUCAAAUGUAUUUUUCUUUUUCUAGGAGCUGACUUAUUUAAUUUCCUCAUUUUUAUUGCUACUUAUCUUUUGAGUUCAGGUCCUCAUUGUAAACAUUUUCUGUGCCUUGGCAAAUGCUUUCAACUGAGCAUCAUAACAGUGUAGUUAACAGGCCACUGUACAUACCUCAUGCCGGGCUGAUCUCUUUGAUGUGGUCCUACUCAAAUCCGAGUUACUGAUUUCUAUUGGCUACAAUUUUCUUGAAUUUUCUGCAAAGCAAAAAAAAAAAAAGGAAUUUACAGAUGAGUCUUUCCAGCUAAAACAUGUUGCGAUGGUUUUCAAAAGGGAAUGUGUCUUUUUCCUAAAGAGAAAAUUAUUGAAAAGUUUUGGUAGGAGAAGAAUAUUGUAACUCCAUAUCCUAAUUCUGCAAGGAUAAACUGCGCAUUUAUUAACACUAAGGUAAGAGUGGAAGAUCAUUUCAGAAAAGAAGAACAGUCAGAAGCUUAGGUUUCACCCUGCAGUUCAUCUUUCCUCUGUGACCUUUUCUGAGGUUUUCUACAAAGCAGCUAAAAACAAGCCUGGCUGCCAGAACCAAAGAGAAUAAAGGGAAUGAAAUAAUUGACAGGUAAGGAAAAGGAUCAGAAGUUAGGGAUGAGCAAGGCUUUAGGAGUUAUUGAACAAAUGUUUGUGCCAAGCACACCUCUGAAGCUACUUCACAAAGCAACAGACCUUCAGUCACAUUGUCAUUUUGGAAGAGGCUUUGUACACUCCUUCUGGCCAAUGGAACUUCCAGAUUCGGACUGACGCACAAUAUUUUAGAGAGGUGUUACCUGUAUGACUUGAUCUGUUCUGUCCAGGCAUAAAUCUCCUUAUCGCUGCCUUAUUGGAUAUUUAUUAAGAAUCCCUAUUAAGAAUAAAUUCUUAAUGCUAAUUCAGGCAUGCACAUUCCCCAAUUCACAUUACAUUAUUUUCUCCUAGAACACAGGUUUCAUUAGACUUUCCCCCAAGCAUUUGGUGGUGAUUAUAAAUGUGCAGUUGUGUUCUCACUCUGGACAAGAAAAAGUGGGGAAAACACUCCACCAACAUUGACAGGGCAAACCACUAGAAUAAAAAAUGAGACCAAAUCCUAACUCCCUAUUAGCACUGAUGAUGUUACUUAGUUUGGGUAAUGAAAUGUCUGCAAGAAAACAAGCUCAGAGAGUACCAAUGAUCCCUCAUCUUCCUUUCCAUUUUCUUCACUGUCUUGUAACAAAGGAAAAAUUCUCCUUGCAGAGCAGAUUGCACUACGACUUGAACACUGCAGAACUCAAGAGUUUAGAUUUAAUGUAGGAAAAAUGUGAUAUAGAAUAUUAUCCUCAGCUAAAAUGUUAUACUCAGUUGAGUUGAGCAAAUCCUUUGAACUCUGGUGCUUCAUGUUGGACAGAGUAUUUCAAGUGGGGUAUGGCCAGGUAAAGUAGAAUGGAAAAAUUACUGUCAUGAUCCGGACUCUGUAUUCAUGUUAAUGCACCCCAAGAUAAGAUUUGCCUUUGUAGCAGCUGCAUCACACAGUUGUCUCCUGUUUAAUUUCUGGUCAAUAAGGACAUCCAGCCAGGUCUUUCCCCAUCCUAUACAUGCACCUUUCACUUUAUUUUUCCAGAUGCAGAAUUUAACAUUUCUCUGUGUUAAAUACAUCCUCUUCACAUCAGCUCAUUGCUUAAACCUGAUUAGAUAUUUUGAACUUUAUUUAGUUCCUGAAAAGUAUUAGCUGAUAAAAAAUAUUGAACAGCACAGAGCAUUGUGAUAGCACUCGACUUGAAACUUUCAUUCAAGCUGAAAUUAGUCCAUAUUGAGCAUGGUCAUUGACACAAUUUUGAGUCAAUAUCAUCUAACCCAGAUGACAGGCACAAAAUAGGAAUUAAGAAUUUCUGAUUUCUCAUCAUCAUCCAUUAACAAUUUAUCACUUCCCUGCUAUACUCUGUUCUUUGUCACUUCUGAAUCUUCAGUGUAUUCCCAGAUAAAGUUGAAUUUCUGGGUGCACUUGGGACUAUUCUUAAAAUCAGUGGGGCUUGUGUGUAAAAAAACCUGUGUGCAUUAGAAUGGGCUGUAAAGGGCACUUUCCUUUAUAUGACUGAAGGAUCCAGGAGUAGAAUGGUAUUAUCCUAAUGUUGUAUAAUGAAAGAGACUGCAAAUAAGUAAUUAAUUGGUUAAUACAAGUGAGAUAGCUGUUCUUUUUUUAUUUUCCCUGCUCGAAAGGGGAUAGGCAUAUAUUUGAGGAAAGGGUACAAAGCUUGCAUUAUGUUUUACCUUCUGUAACCACUUCCUUACAAUAACUGUUAUUUUAUUUUAUUUUUAUAAAGUUUUGUUGCUUGUAUAAAACAAUUUCCCCCAAUUAGCUACCUUUCAUUUCUGUAGGAAAUUUGGGAAUAGUGAGAGUUGAAGUUUGGCAUCUCUGGAGAACACAGAAUUGGGGAAAGUUGGUGUAGGGAAUUAUGUUAAUUCUGAGUGGUAUCAGCCAUUAUCCAUCCACUGCACAAAGGAUUUACAGGAACAGAAAGAUAACAAGGAAGCAAGACUUCUACUAGAACUGUUUAAACAUUGGGACAUUUUGAUAAAUGCGCAUGUUCUGUAAUGGUGUUAAUUUCACAUUGAGAAUAAGACUGUGGUCAUUAUGUAGAUCAGGAAUAAUUGGUGAUGAACCCAUGAUGGAAAGCAUUGGGGUGAGUAAACUGUUCUCCAGAAAUAGUUGAACUAUAGUUUUCAAUAGCUCCAGAUGGCAUGGCCAUUGGCUGGUGGUGCAGUGGUUAGAAUGCAGUACUGCAGGCUAACUCUGCUCACAAUCUGGAGUUUGUUCUUGAUGGGUCUCGAGGUUGACUCAGCCUUCCAUCCUUCCGAAGUUGGUAAAAUGAGGACCCAGAUUGUUGGGGGCAAUUAUGCUGAUUCUGUAAACCAUUUAGAGAGGGCUAUAAAGCGCUAUGAAGGGGUAUAUAAGUCUAAAAGCUAUUGCUAUUGCCAGCUGGCACAAUUUGUUCAUGAGUUGAAAAUUUGUAGAUUUCCCUCCCUGGAUUACAUCAGCCCUAAUUCAGUUACCACUUGCUGAUGCUAAGGCAAUACUUUCACAUCAUGGCUUUUUCAUGCUGCGCCUGAUUAGAAGACUAUUGGAUAACAUGAAGACAAAAGUGUUCUCUGGGCACUUAAAGUAUGGAAAUGUUUCAUUUGUAGGCCAUUCUUUCAUUUGGGCCUGUGUGGGGACUGCCUUUUUCCCUUUGCCUUGUCCUCUUGAUAAAUGAUGCCGUCAUCUCCAGUGCCAAAUGUCCUUUGGACUCAGAUAUAUAACCUCUGCCUGAGGGCCACACAAUGCUUUAUGCAGUGUGUCAUGGGCCAUGCUCCAAAAUAAUUUAAAUUCUUCCCCAUUCCAAAAAGUAAAUAAAAUACCAAAAAUCCUGGGUUGGGCUCUGUGAUCACAGAUGGGAAUGCUACCUACAGUCUCCCAGUCAUAAUUUUUAUACUUCUACUUUGCAACAUGCAUAUUAUGCAUGAGUAAUAUAAUAAGUAAAUGUCUCAGAGGUAGAUCCUUAUACAGGUGGUCCUCAUUUAGUGACCAUUUGUAGUUCUGACAAUAAUGAAAAAGUAACUUUACAACCAAUCCUCACAUUUAAGAUUUUCACAGGUCUGUAAAGCAUAAGGAAAGCUGAAGUAAGAUCCUACAAACAAUAGCAGUUACAUUUAGCAACCACUUCACUUAACAACUGAGUUGCUGUUCCCAUUUGUGGAUACUAAACAAAGACUACCUGUAUAUUAGAUACUAAAGCCAAUGCUGUCUUACUAAUGUAAAUCCAAGGAGAGGAAAUUGUCUGCCCAAUAAUUCCAUUUCUGGAGCAGAUUAGAAAGGGUAUUUAAUAAGCCUCCAAAGAAUAUGUCAGAUCAGAAGAGCAACACAACACAUCCGGCAUAGCCUAAUUAGGUACAGAAAACUAAGACUGAGGAUUAGGGUUGGAUUAAAACUCAUGCCUGAGCAUUUAAAAUGGAACAGUCUAGGGGGGGGGGCUGUGUUUCAUUUUCCUUGAAACAUUUAAACUCAUGUUUGAGAGUAUUCCAAAUCUUUCUGUUAAUUGUGAUCAGGUUGUUUGCCAUCACCUAAUUAAAUAUGUAUUUCCAAGCUUUUCAAAUGUAGAGCAGAAAACCCUUCCCUUCUCUCCUGUCUUGGAAGUAUGAAUCCCCAUGUCAAAUUAUUUGUGAUGCUAAUGUUUUGUACUUGUCCUUUUGUCAACUGAGAUGUGCAUAUUCUUGAUCAAAGAGAAAUAUACAUGCAAAUUGAGUAAUUGUCAUGUGCAGUUCCAUGUUGCAGAUGUGUAAGAACUUUUAAAAAGGGAAUGGUUUAAAACAAGUUAAUAAAUUUUAAGGAACUUCAUACCUA